GUUGCGACAGACCCAGUUGAAUCGGCAACUCCCCCUAGCUAGCCAAAUUCGCCUGUUUUGCAGCACACCCAAUUAUAUUUGCGCAACAGUAUACCCAAGAAAAUUCUUAACUAGUUAUUGUUAGCCAUGUCUCAAGACGGAUUUCAACCUACACUAAUAAGGACAACGCACAAUAACAACACGAGGUCUGUCAUGCUACCAGCUAGCUAGCUACGUCGUUUGGUUUCCAUCCAUUUGAUGCUCUUUACUUGGCUAGCUAGUCAGCUAGCUUUAGUUUUGCAUUAUUGUCAAGUUAAACGUUAUUAGUCGUAUCCUAAACAUGUUAUACACCGUCCAAGGAAAUGCUUACUUGCAGGUUCCUUCUCGACAAUGCAACAACAAUAAGAAAAUAACUAUAGAAUACGAAAGUAAAUGGCGCAGUAGAAUAGAAUACACAUUUUACCCCAUAUACGGGGGGUUAUAGGACAGUAUUUAGACAUGUAUCAGAGAAAGGGGGGAUUGGGGGCAAGUGUUUAAAUUGUGCAGUAUUAGCAGUUGUAAGUAAAGAGUCUGAUAGCAGCAGUUGCGAUGUGUGUGUAGCAUGAAUGCCUAUAUGUGAGUGAGUGCAUGUGUGCUAAUGUGCGGAGAGUAAGUGCAGGUGUCAGUCCAGUUCAAGUGUAGAGCAGUUCUGAUGGCUUGUAGAUAUAAAGGGUCUCUGAGCCUGUUCUUAUCAGACCUCAUGCUCCGAUACCGUCUACCUGACGUUAAGGGAGAGAACAGCUCGUGUGUGUGGGGUCCUUAAUGGUGAAGCGGGACUUACUCAGGCACCGUUUCUGGUAGAUGUCCUGGAUGGGGUGGGAACACGGCUCCAGUGAUGUACUGGGCCGUGUUCACCCGCCGCUGGAGGGCCUUGCCGUCGUAGUGCAAACCGGUCAGGACGCUCUCGAUGAUGCUGCAGUAGUAUUUGGAGAGGACCCGGGGUGACAUGCAGAAUUUCUUCAGACACUGAGGAACUUAAAACUGCUGAGUUUCCACUGCAGUCCCGUUGAUGUGUAUCUGGGCGUGUCCCCUCUGCCUCCUGAAGUCCACAAUCAACUACAUUGCUUUGCUGAUGUUGAGGGAGAGGUUGUUGUCCUGGCACCACAAUGCCAAUUCACUUACCGCCUCCCUAUAGGCUGACUCGUCGUAGGCCUGACAACAACCGUGGUGGUGUCGUCAGCAAACAUUGUGUUAAGCACUAGUGUGGAGGAGGUGGUGUUGUCAAUUCUCCCAUCCUGUGGUCUGCCCGUCAGGAAGUCCAGGAUCCAGUUGCAGAGGGUAGUGCCAAGACCCAGGGCUCUGAUCCUGGUGACGAGCUUGGAGGGAACAAUAGUGUUCAAUACUGAACUGUAGUCAAUGAACAGCAUUCUCACAUAGGUGUACCUCUUGUCCAGGGCCCUGUUUCCCAAAAGCAUCUUAAGGUUAAGUUCUUCGUUAGAACCUUCAUAUGAGCAUCGUUAAAUCUGAGUUUUUUCCCAAAACCAUCGUUAUUAACGUUGUACUUGAAAAGGCUCGUAAUCUAACGCCUGUCUCAGACCACUUGUAGAACAGCUAAGUGCGUCGUUUGAUGUUUUUUUUUGCCCUCCUACGUCACUUAUACACAGAAGAUCUCCGCUAAACAUAGAACCACUGGUUUAUCUGUCUCUCAGUGAUGCCGAUAUUUUCAGAACAAAGUUGACUACAAAGAAAGUUGCCAAUGUCUUUGCAACUGAUACAAACAAGCAACGUUUAAAAAUAUGCUUCAAAUGAAAACCGAGAUGACUGCAUAAAAAUGUAAACAGUAGGCUAUAGGCCUAUUUCAAUCAUAUUGAAAUACAUUUAAUGUUCAAUCAAUUGAGUUCUAUUUUGCUACUUGUAGGCUACUGUCAGUACUUUGUCUCAAUAUAUUUCAUGACGUGUAGCCUAACAUGUGCGCAAUGAUGUGCCAAAUCUGUGAUUUUGUAUUGGGUAAGCAUUAGAAUAAGCCACUUCAAUAUUUGCAGCUGUAGGUGGUAAUAUCUCUCUAGGUGCUGAAACGUAGUCAGUAUUGUGCAGUGGUGUAAAAAUACUUAAGUACAACUUAAGUAGUUUUUUUGGUAUCUCUACUUGACUUUAAUAUUUCUAUUUUAGACAACUUUUACUUCACUACAUUCCUAAAGAAAAUAAUGUACUUUUUACUCCAUACAUUUUCCCUGACACCCAAAAGUACUCGUUACAUUUUCAAUGCUUAGCAGGACAAGAAAAUGGUCAAAUUCACGCACUUAUCAAGAGAACAUUCCUGGUCAUCCCUACUGCCUCUGAUCUGGUGGACUCACUAAACACACAUGCUUUGUUUGUAAAUUAUGUCUCUGUUGGAUUGUGCCUCUGGCUAACCGUGGUUCGCUUAAUAUAAGACAUUUGAAAUGAUUUAUACUUUUUACUUUUGAUACUUAAGUAUAUUUAAAACCAAAUACUUUUACUCAAGUAGUAUUUUACUGGGCGACUUUUACUUGAGUCAUUUUCUAUUAAGGUAUCUUUACUUUUACUCAAGUAUGUUACAUUUUCGGCCGUUGUAGGAAAGCUGCAUUGUUAAAACACACCAAAGCCUAAGUUCCCUCGCCAACAGGAAACCGGGCCCAGAUGUGUUAGGGCCGUGUGAAUAGCGAUGUAAAUUGCUUCUUCCAUGGAUCUGUUGGAGCGGUAGUUUGAAGGCUAUAAUUAUUAGCAAUGCCCAAUUAGCUAGCUGUACUGUACUUCUCACAACUUGGGACUGUCAUUGGUUGUCAAUAAUAUAUAACAAGAGGUCUGUCAUGCUACCAGCUAGCUACAUCCAUUUGAUGUUCGACGUUAGCUAGCACGCUAACCCUAGAUAGCUACCUGGGUAUAAUUGUUAUUAGCAAUGCCCAAUUAGCUAUACGUACUGUACUUCUCACAACUUGGACUGUCAUUGGUUGCUAAAUAAUACAACAAACACAGCUAUACCAUUGAAUCCAAUGCAGUGACACUAAUGACUGUUCAUCAUGCUUUUUACGCAGCUUGAGUAUUCAACAACCACAGGCACCGUGCCCUGGUAAAACACCCAUACAAGUUCUACAUGAAUACGGAACCAAAAUUGGAAACCCUCCCGUGUACGUGAUGGAAAAGGCUGAAGGGGAGGCGCACCAACCCAGCUUCAUCUUCAACGUUACAAUAGGAGAUAUGUCCUGCACAGGUGAGUGAGUCAUCUUGCAACGUAGAUAGCUAGCUAUGUACAUUACACUCUACUUAGCUAGAGAAUUAGGGGGGGCUUGUAUAAACAACAUGGACUUCAAAGUUAUAUUAAUGUUUGCCUCAUCCUCAAUAUGAUGUAAUUCUGUUGUUGUAUCCCAGGUCAAGGGUCCAGUAAAAAAGCUGCCAAACACCAGGCCGCUGAGUCUGUCCUGAACCUUCUGGAAAUAGACACUGGAACACUGUGAGUUAACAUGGACAAUAUCUGCCAACAAGUAGCAUUUGCAACCAUUACAGCCAGUAACAUUGUUAACUUUUUACAUCUGAUUUCCCCCCACUGCAGCCUUCACUUAAAGAAGGAAAGUAACGGCAUCCCAGAAGAGCCCAACGACCAACCCAACUCAGUGGGGAAACUGCAGGUGUCUUUGUUAUUGGCCUGUUGUAAGAGAAUAGGGCUGUGUAUUGUUGCAGGACUGUAGUCGUAGUAACACAUUUCUGUUGUCAUUGAGCACCGUCAGGGGAACAGAAGAAAAAUAGUCCUUAUGGUUAUGAAUACAGUGCCUUGCAAAAGUAUUCAUCCCCCUUGGCGUUUUUCCUAUUUUGUUGCAUUACAACCUGUAAUUUAAAUGGAUUUUUAUUUGGAUUUCAUGUAAUGGACAUACACAAAAUAGUCCAAAUUGGUGAAGUGAAAUAUUGUUAAAAAAUAUAUAUAUAUAUAAAAAAUAACGGAAAAGUGGUGCGUGCAUAUGUAUUCACCCCCUUUGCUAUGAAGCCCCUAAAUAAGAUCUGGUGCAACCAAUAACCUUCAGAAGUCACAUAAUUAGUUAAAUAAAGUCCACCUGUGUGCAAUCUAAGUGUCACAUCAAAUCAAAUCAAAUCAAAUUUUAUUGGUCACAUGCGCCGAAUACAACAGGUGCAGACAUUACAGUGAAAUGCUUACUUACAGCCCUUAACCAACAGUGCAUUUAUUUUAAACAAAAAAAGUAAGAAUAAAACAACAACAAAAAAAGUGUUGAGAAAAAAAGAGCAGAAGUAAAAUAAAGUGACAGUAGGGAGGCUAUAUAUACAGUAAAAUAAAGUGACAGUAGGGAGGCUAUAUAUACAGGGGGGUACCGUUGCAGAGUCAAUGUGCGGGGGCACCGGCUAGUUGAGGUAGUUGAGGUAAUAUGUACAUGUGGGUAAAGUUAAAGUGACUAUGCAUAAAUACUUACUUAACAGAGUAGCAGCAGCGUAAAAAGGAUGGGGUGGGGGGGCAGUGCAAAUAGUCCGGGUAGCCAUGAUUAGCUGUUCAGGAGUCUUAUGGCUUGGGGGUAGAAGCUGUUGAGAAGUCUUUUGGACCUAGACUUGGCACUCCGGUACCGCUUGCCGUGCGGUAGCAGAGAGAACAGUCUAUGACUAGGGUGGCUGGAGUCUUUGACAAUUUUGAGGGCCUUCCUCUGACACCGCCUGGUAUAGAGGUCCUGGAUGGCAGGGAGUUUUGCCCCAGUGAUGUACUGGGCCGUACGCACUACCCUCUGUAGUGCCUUGCGGUCAGAGGCCAAGCAGUUGCCAUACCAGGCGGUGAUGCAACCAGUCAGGAUGCUCUCGAUGGUGCAGCUGUAGAAUUUUUUGAGGAUCUGAGGACCCAUGCCAAAUCUUUUUAGUCUCCUGAGGGGGAAUAGGCUUUGUCGUGCCCUCUUCACGACUGUCUUGGUGUGUUUGGACCAUGAUAGUUCGUUGGUGAUGUGGACACCAAGGAACUUGAAGCUCUCAACCUGUUCCACUACAGCCCCGUCGAUGAGAAUGGGGGCGUGCUCAGUCCUCUUUUUUUUCCUGUAGUCCACAAUCAUCUCCUUUGUCUUGGUCACGUUGAGGGAGAGGUUGUUGUCCUGGCACCACACGGCCAGAUCUCUGACCUCCUCCCUAUAGGCUGUCUCAUCGUUGUCGGUGAUCAGGCCUACCACUGUUGUGUCGUCGGCAAACUUAAUGAUGGUGUUGGAGUCGUGCCUGGCCAUGCAGUCAUGGGUGAACAGAGAGUACAGGAGGGGACUGAGAACGCACCCCUGAGGGGCCCCCGUGUUGAGGAUCAGUGUGGCAGAUGUGUUGUUACCUACCCUUACCACCUGGGGGCGGCCCGUCAGGAAGUCCAGGAUCCAGUUGCAGAGGGAGGUGUUUAGUCCCAGGAUCCUUAGCUUAGUGAUGAGCUUAGAGGGCACUAUGGUGUUGAAUGCUGAGCUGUAGUCAAUGAAUAGCAUUCUCACAUGAUCUGUCACAUAAUCUCAGUAUAUAUACACACCUGUUCUGAAAGGCCCCAGAGUCUGCAACACCACUAAGCAAGGGGCACCAUCAAGCAAGCGGCACCAUGAAGACCAAGGAGCUCUCCAAACAGGUCAGGGACAAGGUUGUGAAGUACAGAUCAGGGUUGGGUUAUAAAAAAAUAUCAGAAACUUUGAACAUCCCACGGAGCACCAUUAAAUCCAUUAUUAAAAAAUGGAAUGAAUAUGGCACCACAACAAACCUGCCAAGAGAAGUCCGCCCACCAAAACUCACGGACCAGAUAAGGAGGGCAUUAAUUAGAGAGGCAACAAAGAGACCAAAGAUAACCCUGAAGGAGCUGCAAAGCUCCACAGCGGAGAUUAGAGUAUCUGUCCAUAUGACAACUUUAAGCCGUACACUCCACAGAGCUGGGCUUUACGGAAGAGUGGCCAGAAAAAAGCCAUUGCUUAAAGAAAAAAAUAAGCAAACACGUUUGGUGUUCGCCAAAAGGCAUGUGGGAAACUCCCCAAACAUAUGGAAGAAGGUACUUUUUGGCCAUCAAGGAAAACGGUAUGUCUGGCGCAAACCCAACAUCUUUCAUCACUCCAAGAACACCAUCCCCACAGUGAAGCAUGGUGGUGGCAGCAUCAUGCUGUGGAGAUGUUUUUCAUCGGCAGGGACUGGGAAACUGGUCAGAAUUGAAGGAAUGAUGGAUGGCGCUAAAUACAGGAAAAUUCUUGAGGGAAACCUGUUUCAGCCUUCCAGAGAUUUGAGACUGGGACCAGCAGGACAAUGACCCUAAGCAUACUGCUAAAGCGACACUCAAGUGGUUUAAGGGGAAACAUUUAAAUGUCUUGGAAUGGCCUAGUCAAAGCCCAGACCUCAAUCCAAUUGAGAAUGUGGUAUGACUUAAAGAUUGCUGUACACCAGCGGAACCUAUCCAACUUGAAUGAGCUGGAGCAGUUUUGCCUUGAAGAAUGGGCAAAAAUCCCAGUGGCUAGAUGUGCCAAGCUUAUAGAGACAUACCCCAAGAGACUUGCAGCUGUAAUUGCUGCAAAAGGUGGCUCUACAAAGUAUUGACUUUGGGGGGGGGGUGAAUAGUUAUGCACGAUCAAGUUCUGUUUUUUUGUCUUAUUUCUUGUUUGUUUCACAAAAACAUUCUUCUUGCAUCUUCAAAGUGGUAGGCAUGUUGUGUAAAUCAAAUGAUUCAAAACCCCCCAAAAUCAAUUUUAAUUCCAGGUUGUAAGGCAACAAAAUAGGAAAAAUGCCAAGGGGGGUGAAUACUUUUGCAAGUUUGUUUUCACCUCUUUGCUAAUAUGGAUUCCUCCACAAAGGAGCUGGCCCUGCAGCGGGGAUGGCGCCUCCCUGAAUACACUGUUUUCACAGAGGCAGGCCCACCUCACAAGAGAGAGUUCACUGUGACCUGCAGAAUGGAGUCGCUCACAGAGACUGGUAUGGUGAUUCCACUGUUAUUCUUUCUAAAUGUUUUAUCAUUGCAUUGAAAUAACAUAUUAGUUGUGUUUUUUUUUUGGAUUGGUGGAUUAUUUAAACACAUUCUACUUUCGGAAGUGUUCAUUUUAGUCAUUCAUAGUGCUGUAUGUCAUCCACAUGUAACCGAUAGCAACGGGAAAUUCCAAGAAGGUGGCUAAAAGGACAGCUGCGGAGAAGAUGUUGGCAAAACUUCAAAAUGUGUCUGGCUGUCCUGAAAUCACAUGGGUAUGUAGAAUAUUUCCUCUCUAUUUGGCCUCUUCACAAAGAAUGAUAAAAACAUAUUUAGGUACAUUUUGUCAUCUAGAAUGAAUGUAAUGUGUAUUCUUUGACCAACUCAUUCCAGAUCCCAAAGCCCGGUGUCCGAUUGGAGAACUUGCGUAACUCCUCAGCAGAGAAGAUGUCUCUCCUGAGAAGAAACCCACUCAGUAUUCCCAACACAGACUAUAUCCAGAUGAUGCUGGAGCUAUCCCAAGAGCAGGGCUUUGAAGUCACAUACUUUGACAUCGGUGAGUAGAGUUCAUCUCUUCCUUUUACUGACCGUGAAAUCACCAUAACUCUCAUAGAUGUGAACUUUGUCUGUUUUUCAAGAAUGGCUCAACGGGCCUAUUCCCAGGUGUAUUGUACAGUGUAGUGUGUCUGUGGUUCGCUUGGCAGAUGAGCUGACAGUGAACGGGCAGUACCAGUGCCUGGCAGAGCUGUCCACGUCACCCGUCACCGUAUGCCACGGCACGGGCAUCUCCUGCGGCAACGCACACAACGACGCCGCACACAGCGCUCUCCAGUACAUCAAGAUCAUGGCUUCCAUCAAAUGAACGAUCGUAGUUAAACGUCACAGAUGUUUCACCUGCAAUACAUAUUUAAAGGGUAGGAAGCAUGAGUUCUUACUCACCAAUGUAACAACACAGUGUGGUCAAAGACUUAGUAACUUGGUUGUAGUCACGAUCUGGUUACCUAGAAGUACAAACAUAGUCAUGUGUUUGGGUUAUUACAUAUUUAUUAACUUAUUUUCAGAUAACUUCUAAACUACCCACAAUGCACUAUUUUUCAACUUCAUAUGGAGGAUCUAAUCUGUGCUACCCAAGUUUGUUAGCUGCUCAGUAGCUAGCUGAAGCUGGAAAACGUUAGCCACACCUCAUGCUAUUCACAGACUUUGUGCUUGUGUUAUCUAGAGGAAACCUGUUAGCAUGGCAGGCUCUGGUGCUUUCUUGCCGUGGGCUCAAAACAAAAGAGAAAAUCAUACCUGCUUUUUGUAGUACCUCGUCUGUUAACCUUUUUGCUUUCUUAACUUUUCGGCAUGUUCUCUGUGAAGUAGGCUACGGGAGUUUUGUAACUUUUUCCACCUUGGCUUAGUGCUAGUGCGCUAGCUGACUGACAUCUGGAAUCUAUCUAUUUAGGAUUUCGGCCCGUUGAAGCGCCCACCUCCCCCUUGCUUUGGUAGCUAACUUAGCCUGCACUCUUUUAAAAGUUUUACCAUCGGAUGGGUCCCAACCAUCAAUCUGUAUGUCUCUGCUCUCUCUUUGCUUUUAAUCUGCGGUUAUGUUUUAGUUGUGUUGUGUUCUAGCUGGUCUCCAGUAGUUGGGCUCUAGCUUGCCAACCAUAACCGUGGUGGUUGGCUAUGCUGGCUAGGCUAAUAGCUAGUUGGCUAAAUAGCUAAUGUUAACUGGCUGGCUAGCUUGCUGGCUAAGAUAACUGGUUAGAUGGCGUUAUAUAUUUCCAAACGUUGGUUUACUUUAAUGUAGCUGUAAACCAGGUGUUGAUAGCAACUGGCUGACUCAUUCAGUGCUAACAUAAUGUUAGCAGGCUAGUAGGGCUAACGUUAGCAGGCUAGUUGGCUAGCAACCGUGCAAGUUAAUUUGUAACAAUGAAUUCAUAAAGUAUUUUCUUGUAAGUUGGCUGAAAAUUACAUUGAAACCAGUAGUCUGAGUGCAAACGAUUUGGCUUGAUUUGAAUUCAUAAAUGUGAAGUUAUUUCAGUUGGAGUUUACAUUAUAGGGAAUAGGCUGGCUUGCUGGGUCCUCCAUAUUACAUCACAUUUGGAAAAAACAUUUUCCGACGUGAUUAUAGUAUUGUUCGGAAUUUUAAUCAGUUUUAUGUAAUAACUCCAAAGAUAGAAAAGUGAGGUAACUUUGCAUUGGGACUUUUGAUGCGUAUAAUAAUGCAAAUCCAUAUGUUACAUGUGGUUACGUUUAUGCUACCUAUCCUUUAAGGAAUUGAGGGGGAAAAAAUGUUUUUAUUCACAACUGAAAGGUGUAGCUAGCCUCCAUCUACCAUUAUGUUUUCACUCUUUACCCCAGGGUUCACUUUGUGUGGAAUUGGUUAAUAUUGAAGGCAGUAUUAAUAGAAAUCAUGACAUUCAGACAAAUCAAUCCAGUUGUUGUUUUUUAAAACAGUGACAGUCAACACCGUUCAUCACCUGUGGUGUCUGUCAGCCAUUUUUAAGUUUCUUUAAGAAAAGGAAAGAGCAGCGCUAGACAGUGAAAGCUAAUCCUGUGGAGUUUAUGUACUAUAGAAAAACAAGGACAAGGGAAUGGACACUAGUCUUGAGAAAGGCCUUGCUGCCAAAAUGUAGACAUGUCGAAAACAGUCUCCAUCCUAUCCCAUUGUCCUUGUUUUUCAAAAGCCACUGUGAGGACACGCAAUCGUGUAUUGAAUGAUAAAUGUAAAACUAUUUGCACUGAACAAAAUUAGUGAGAGGAAACUCGUUUGGCCUCGUUUAGUCAUAAGCCUAUGAUAAAAAAUGAAUUUAUCAAUGAAUUUAAUCACAUAUUAACGUAAGUCUGCCCCUCAUUUUUGACACAGGGAUAUUUUCAAAAUAAUGAAGCAGAUUGUCAAAGGUCAGUUGGAUAAAUUAAGUAACAAACAAAAUAUUCAGUACACAUUGGUAUUCUGUUUGAUAUACUAAAUGAUAUCUGCUUUAUUUAAUUGGUUAUAAUUUCUCUUUGCCAAGUCAAGAUUCAAUUACAUUACUGUGAAAUACUUUUCCAUUGCAAUAUUUCCUUUUCCAUAGCGUAUAUUAAUAACAUAGUCCAUUAUAACUUUUAGUUUGAUUUUAAAGUGAAGUUUUUGAGCUUUGGUUAACACCAUUAUAUUACUGUUUCUUUGAUAUUGCGUUUUAUUCCGUCAUACAGAGGACUCUUGUUUUGUGUAACUACCACAUGUAUUAACAGAGAGCAAGACCAACAGCAAGUUUAGUGUCAAAACAAAAACUGCUCCAAUUAGAAAAUGUUAUUUAGCUUGAAUUGUGCUCACAUUAUAUGACAGGAUAGAAAACUACAUGUCUAGAUUAUGAAAACAUGUAUAUUUUGUAAGUUAAUAGUAGCAAGAUGGCAUACUCAGAAACAUCGGGACACUCCUGAUUUAGACUUCAAGACCAAGACUGCCAUGAUUGUCUCUUCAUGCUACAAAGAGCCAAUAAUUGCAAUCUUGGUAGCUUUGAUGUUGAUGACUAAGAAGGUAAUCGCCCUGUUGUGAUUGGUGAUGUCAUCUUGCUCAGUCUACCUGUAAUGUAGCCUAGUUAUGUCAGCUGUGUAUGAUGUCAUGCUGCUGUGUAUAUGUGUGUUUGAAGGCUUUGAGUUUGUGUCUGUGCUGGCCUUCACACUGAGUGCAGUGAAAUGUUAUGGGUCUACUACUGCUAAUGAUUGGAUGAUUUUUACAACCGGAUUCCACCUUAUCCUGAGUUUCUGUCACAAAGCCUAGAUUGGGCGGUUUAAUCACAUUUUGGUUUCCUUUAACAAGGUGUGUAUUGUAAUGUUUUGGUGGACUCAUCCCAAGCGUGUGCUGUGUACCUGAACAUAUUAAUACACAAUUAUUAGAUGUGAAGUGGGACAGACAUGUUCAAUAAAUCUACUCGACAUUGGCCUCAUCCUAAGUUUAUUGUCCCUUUUUUAACAUUCAUGAAAAAUGUAGUUUUUUUCCCCUGACCAACAGGUAACUGCCAAAAUAAAGGAAACACCAACAUAAAGUGUUGGCCGCCACGAGCCAGAACGGCUUCAAUGCACCUUGGCAUAGAUUCUACAAUUAUCCGUUAGAGGGAUGCGACACCAUUCUUCCACGAGAAAUUCCAUCAUUCUGAGUUUUGUUGAUGGUGGUGGAAAACACUGUCUCUGGUGCCGCUCCAGAAUUUCCCAUAAGUGUUCAGGCGGCCAUGGCAUAUGGCUUACAUUGUUUUCAUGCUCAUCAAACUAUUCAGUGACCACUCGUGCCCUGUGGAUGGGAGCAUUGUCAAUCCUAUAGCGGCAUAGCCAUGGUAGCCAAAAUAAUGGCCAAAAUGAUGCUGUAUCGCAUUAGUGGAAACCGUGACUCUAACCCUUUUCUUAACCUUAACCUAAUUCUCCUAACCUGCUGCGAAAAGCCUCUCCUACUAGUCAAAACCGGCAGACCCACCCUGAGAACAGUCUUGGUUUCCACUAAUGUGAUGCAAUGGCCUGCCCAAUAUUUUUUAUACAUGACCCUAAGCAUGAUGGGAUGUUAAUUGCUUAAUUAACUCAGGAAGAACAACCCAAUAUACUUUGUAUCCCUCAUUUACGGGCGGCAGGUAGCUUAGUGGUUAAGAGCAUUGUGCCAGUAACCGAAAGGUCGCUGGUUCUAAUCCCCGAGCCAACUAGGUGAAAAAUCUGUCAAUGUGCCCUUGAGCAAGGCACUUAACCCUAAUUGCUCCUGUAAGUCGCUCUGGAUAAGAGCGUCUGCUAAAUGACAAAAUAAAAAAAAUAAAAAUGUACUCAAGUGUUUCCAUAAUUGUAUCAGUUACCUGUAUAUAGACAGUAGGCUGAUUGUAGAGGAGUGAACAUGAAAUCUUCAUUUUGUUUUAUGUGACUGUAGUAAUUCAGUCCUAUCUACAGUCUCUGGGUCAACAUGGCAGCAGCAGCACUGACUAAAAUAAAUAAAUAUAUAUAUAUAUAUAUAUAUAUAUAUAUAUAUAUAUAUACUGAGCAAAAAUAUAAACGCAACAUGUAAAGUGUUGGUCCCAUGUUUCAUGAACUGAAAUAAAUGAUCCCAGAAAUGUUCCAUACGCACAAAAAGAUGUGUUGUGCUGGGGACAAUAAAAGGCCACUUUAAAAUGUGCAGUUUUGUCACACACAAUGCCACAGAUGUCUCAAAUUUUGAGGGCACGUGAAAUUGGCAUGCUGACUGCAGGAAUGUCCACCAGAACUGUUGCCAGAUAAUUAACUGUUCAUUUAUCUACCAUAAGCUGCCUCCAAUGUCGUUUUAGAGAAUUUGGCAGUACGUCCAACCGGCCUCAUAACCGCAGACCACAUGUAACCACGCCAGCCCAGGACCUCCACAUCUGGCUUCUUCACCUGCGGGAUCGUCUGAGACCAGCCAGCCGGACAGCUGAUUAAACUGUGGGUUUGCACAACCGAAUAAUUUCAGCACAAACUGUCAGAAACCGUCUCGGGGAAGCUCAUUUGCGUGUUCAUCGUCCUUACCAGGGUCUUGAACUGACUGCAGCUCGGCGUCGUAGCCGACAUCAGUGGGCAAAUGCUCACCUUCCAUGGCCACUGGCAAGCUGGAGAAGUGUACUCUUCACAGAUUAAUCCCGGUUUCAACUGUACCGGGCAGAUAGCAGACUGCAUAGCAUGUAUGGCGUUGUGUGGACGAGCGGUUUGUGCCGAUGUCAAUGUUGUGAACAGAGUGCACCAUGGUAGCGGUGAGGUUAUGGUAUGGGCAGGUAUAAGCUACAGACAACGAACACAAUUUCAUUUUAUCGAUGGCAAUUUGAAUGCACAGAGAUACCGUGAUGAGAUCCUGAGGCCCAUUGUCUUGCCAUUCAUCCGCCGCCAUCACCUCAUGUUUCAGCAUGAUCUGUACACAAUUCCUGGAAGCUGAAAAUGUCCCAGUUCUUCCAUGGCCUGCAUACUCACCAGAUAUGUCACCCAUUGAGCAUGUUUGGGAUGCUCUGGAUUGAAGUUUACGACAGCGUGUUCCAGUUCCCGCCAAUAUCCAGCAACUUCGCACAGCCAUUGAAGAGGUGUAGGACAACAUUCCACAGGCCACAAUCAACAGCCUGAUCAACUCUAUGUGAAGGAGAUGUGUCACGGUGCAUGAGGCAAAUGGUGGUCACACCAGAUACUGACUGGUUUUAUGAUCCAGGCCCCUGACCAAUAGAUGCAUAUCUGUAUUCCCAGUCAUGUGAAAUCCAUAGAUUAGAGCCUAAUGAAUUUAUUUAAAUUGACUGAUUUCCAUAUAUGAACUAACUCAGUAAAAUCUUUGAAAUUGUUGCAUAUUGCGUUUAUAUUUUUGUUCUGUGUAAAUAGCCCACAACAAAUUCUAGCAAUCCUGUACAAGAAUUCCUUCACUUGUUUUUGAUUGUGUUAUUCUUUAUUUGACCUUGGAACAUGUUUUAAAACCCCAGUGUAAUGCAAAUGACAUUUAAAUAUGAAUAAUUGUUCAUAUUUAGACAAUUAUUUGUCAUAUAUGAAUUAAUAAUACAAGUUGACGCUUUUUUACUAUUAUGUGAGACUUUUAUUUAGAAAGAUUCCUAAAUUCCGUGACAGGUAAGUGAUUGGUUAGUGUUGCUGACAAGACGCCAGUUGAAAUCGGCAACUCCCCCCUAGCUAGCCAAAUUCGCCUGUUUUGCAGCACACCAAUUAUAUUUGCGCAACAGUAUACCCAAGAAACUUCUUAACUAGUUAUUGUUAGCCAUGUCUCAAGACGGAUUUCAACCUACACUAAUAAGGACAACGCACAAUAACAACACGAGGUCUGUCAUGCUACCAGCUAGCUAGCUACGUCGGUUUGGUUUCCAUCCAUUUGAUGCUCUUUACUUGGCUAGCUAGUCAGCUAGCUUUAGUUUGCAUUAUUGUCAAGUUAAACGUUAUUAGUCGUAUCCUAAACAUGUUAUACACCGUCCAAGGAAAUGCUUACUUGCAGGUUCCUUCUCGACAAUGCAACAACAAUAAGAAAUAACUAUAGAAUACGAAAGUAAAUGGCGCAGUAGAAUAGAAUACACAUUUUACCCCAUAUACGGGGGGUUAUAGGACAGUAUUUAGACAUGUAUCAGAGAAAGGGGGGAUUGGGGGCAAGUGUUUAAAUUGUGCAGUAUUAGCAGUAGUAAGUAAAGAGUCUGAUAGCAGCAGUUGCGAUGUGUGUGUAGCAUGAAUGCCUAUAUGUGAGUGAGUGCAUGUGUGCUAAUGUGCGGAGAGUAAGUGCAGGUGUCAGUCCAGUUCAAGUGUAGAGCAGUCUGAUGGCUUGUAGAUAUAAACGGUCUCUGAGCCUGUUCUUAUCAGACCUCAUGCUCCGAUACCGUCUACCUGACGUUAAGGGAGUAAACAGCUCGUGUGUGUGGGGUCCUUAAUGGUGAAGCGGGACUUACUCAGGCACCGUUUCUGGUAGAUGUCCUGGAUGGGGUGGGAACACGGCUCCAGUGAUGUACUGGGCCGUGUUCACCCGCCGCUGGAGGGCCUUGCCGUCGUAGUGCAACCGGUCAGGACGCUCUCGAUGAUGCUGCAGUAGUAUUUGGAGAGGACCCGGGGUGACAUGCAGAAUUUCUUCAGACACUGAGGAACUUAAAACUGCUGAGUUUCCACUGCAGUCCCGUUGAUGUGUAUCUGGGCGUGUCCCCUCUGCCUCCUGAAGUCCACAAUCAACUACAUUGCUUUGCUGAUGUUGAGGGAGAGGUUGUUGUCCUGGCACCACAAUGCCAAUUCACUUACCGCCUCCCUAUAGGCUGACUCGUCGUAGGCCUGACAACAACCGUGGUGGUGUCGUCAGCAAACAUUGUGUUAAGCACUAGUGUGGAGGAGGUGGUGUUGUCAAUUCUCCCAUCCUGUGGUCUGCCCGUCAGGAAGUCCAGGAUCCAGUUGCAGAGGGUAGUGCCAAGACCCAGGGCUCUGAUCCUGGUGACGAGCUUGGAGGGAACAAUAGUGUUCAAUACUGAACUGUAGUCAAUGAACAGCAUUCUCACAUAGGUGUACCUCUUGUCCAGGGCCCUGUUUCCCAAAAGCAUCUUAAGGUUAAGUUCUUCGUUAGAACCUUCAUAUGAGCAUCGUUAAAUCUGAGUUUUUUCCCAAAACCAUCGUUAUUAACGUUGUACUUGAAAAGGCUCGUAAUCUAACGCCUGUCUCAGACCACUUGUAGAACAGCUAAGUGCGUCGUUUGAUGUUUUUUUUUUGCCCUCCUACGUCACUUAUACACAGAAGAUCUCCGCUAAACAUAGAACCACUGGUUUAUCUGUCUCUCAGUGAUGCCGAUAUUUUCAGAACAAAGUUGACUACAAAGAAAGUUGCCAAUGUCUUUGCAACUGAUACAAACAAGCAACGUUUAAAAAUAUGCUUCAAAUGAAAACCGAGAUGACUGCAUAAAAAUGUAAACAGUAGGCUAUAGGCCUAUUUCAAUCAUAUUGAAAUACAUUUAAUGUUCAAUCAAUUGAGUUCUAUUUUGCUACUUGUAGGCUACUGUCAGUACUUUGUCUCAAUAUAUUUCAUGACGUGUAGCCUAACAUGUGCGCAAUGAUGUGCCAAAUCUGUGAUUUUGUAUUGGGUAAGCAUUAGAAUAAGCCACUUCAAUAUUUGCAGCUGUAGGUGGUAAUAUCUCUCUAGGUGCUGAAACGUAGUCAGUAUUGUGCAGUGGUGUAAAAAUACUUAAGUACAACUUAAGUAGUUUUUUUGGUAUCUCUACUUGACUUUAAUAUUUCUAUUUUAGACAACUUUUACUUCACUACAUUCCUAAAGAAAAUAAUGUACUUUUUACUCCAUACAUUUUCCCUGACACCCAAAAGUACUCGUUACAUUUUCAAUGCUUAGCAGGACAAGAAAAUGGUCAAAUUCACGCACUUAUCAAGAGAACAUUCCUGGUCAUCCCUACUGCCUCUGAUCUGGUGGACUCACUAAACACACAUGCUUUGUUUGUAAAUUAUGUCUCUGUUGGAUUGUGCCUCUGGCUAACCGUGGUUCGCUUAAUAUAAGACAUUUGAAAUGAUUUAUACUUUUUACUUUUGAUACUUAAGUAUAUUUAAAACCAAAUACUUUUACUCAAGUAGUAUUUUACUGGGCGACUUUUACUUGAGUCAUUUUCUAUUAAGGUAUCUUUACUUUUACUCAAGUAUGUUACAUUUUCGGCCGUUGUAGGAAAGCUGCAUUGUUAAAACACACCAAAGCCUAAGUUCCCUCGCCAACAGGAAACCGGGCCCAGAUGUGUUAGGGCCGUGUGAAUAGCGAUGUAAAUUGCUUCUUCCAUGGAUCUGUUGGAGCGGUAGUUUGAAGGCUAUAAUUAUUAGCAAUGCCCAAUUAGCUAGCUGUACUGUACUUCUCACAACUUGGGACUGUCAUUGGUUGUCAAUAAUAUAUAACAAGAGGUCUGUCAUGCUACCAGCUAGCUACAUCCAUUUGAUGUUCGACGUUAGCUAGCACGCUAACCCUAGAUAGCUACCUGGGUAUAAUUGUUAUUAGCAAUGCCCAAUUAGCUAUACGUACUGUACUUCUCACAACUUGGACUGUCAUUGGUUGCUAAAUAAUACAACAAACACAGCUAUACCAUUGAAUCCAAUGCAGUGACACUAAUGACUGUUCAUCAUGCUUUUUACGCAGCUUGAGUAUUCAACAACCACAGGCACCGUGCCCUGGUAAAACACCCAUACAAGUUCUACAUGAAUACGGAACCAAAAUUGGAAACCCUCCCGUGUACGUGAUGGAAAAGGCUGAAGGGGAGGCGCACCAACCCAGCUUCAUCUUCAACGUUACAAUAGGAGAUAUGUCCUGCACAGGUGAGUGAGUCAUCUUGCAACGUAGAUAGCUAGCUAUGUACAUUACACUCUACUUAGCUAGAGAAUUAGGGGGGGCUUGUAUAAACAACAUGGACUUCAAAGUUAUAUUAAUGUUUGCCUCAUCCUCAAUAUGAUGUAAUUCUGUUGUUGUAUCCCAGGUCAAGGGUCCAGUAAAAAAGCUGCCAAACACCAGGCCGCUGAGUCUGUCCUGAACCUUCUGGAAAUAGACACUGGAACACUGUGAGUUAACAUGGACAAUAUCUGCCAACAAGUAGCAUUUGCAACCAUUACAGCCAGUAACAUUGUUAACUUUUUACAUCUGAUUUCCCCCCACUGCAGCCUUCACUUAAAGAAGGAAAGUAACGGCAUCCCAGAAGAGCCCAACGACCAACCCAACUCAGUGGGGAAACUGCAGGUGUCUUUGUUAUUGGCCUGUUGUAAGAGAAUAGGGCUGUGUAUUGUUGCAGGACUGUAGUCGUAGUAACACAUUUCUGUUGUCAUUGAGCACCGUCAGGGGAACAGAAGAAAAAUAGUCCUUAUGGUUAUGAAUACAGUGCCUUGCAAAAGUAUUCAUCCCCCUUGGCGUUUUUCCUAUUUUGUUGCAUUACAACCUGUAAUUUAAAUGGAUUUUUAUUUGGAUUUCAUGUAAUGGACAUACACAAAAUAGUCCAAAUUGGUGAAGUGAAAUAUUGUUUAAAAAAAUAUAUAUAUACAAAAUAACGGAAAAGUGGUGCGUGCAUAUGUAUUCACCCCCUUUGCUAUGAAGCCCCUAAAUAAGAUCUGGUGCAACCAAUUACCUUCAGAAGUCACAUAAUUAGUGAAAUAAAGUCCACCUGUGUGCAAUCUAAGUGUCACAUGAUCUGUCACAUAAUCUCAGUAUAUAUACACACCUGUUCUGAAAGGCCCCGGAGUCUGCAACACCACUAAGCAAGGGGCACCAUCAAGCAAGCGGCACCAUGAAGACCAAGGAGCUCUCCAAACAGGUCAGGGACAAGGUUGUGGAGAAGUACAGAUCAGGGUUGGGUUAUAAAAAAAUAUCAGAAACUUUGAACAUCCCACGGAGCACCAUUAAAUCCAUUAUUAAAAAAUGGAAUGAAUAUGGCACCACAACAAACCUGCCAAGAGAAGUCUGCCCACCAAAACUCACAGACCAGAUAAGGAGGGCAUUAAUCAGAGAGGCAACAAAGAGACCAAAGAUAACCCUGAAGGAGCUGCAAAGCUCCACAGCGGAGAUUAGAGUAUCUGUCCAUAUGACAACUUUAAGCCGUACACUCCACAGAGCUGGGCUUUACGGAAGAGUGGCCAGAAAAAAGCCAUUGCUUGAAGAAAAAAAUAAGCAAACACGUUUGGUGUUCGCCAAAACGCAUGUGGGAAACUCCCCAAACAUAUGGAAGAAGGUACUCUGGUCAGAUGAGACUAAAAUUGAGCUUUUUGGCCAUCAAGGAAAACGCUAUGUCUGGCGCAAACCCAAAACCUCUAAACACUCCGAGAACACCAUCCCCACAGUGAAGCAUGGUGGUGGCAGCAUCAUGCUGUGGGGAUGUUUUUCCAUCGGCAGGGACUGGGAAACUGGUCAGAAUUGAAGGAAUGAUGGAUGGCGCUAAAUACAGGAAAAUUCUUGAGGGAAACCUGUUUCAGCCUUCCAGAGAUUUGAGACUGGGACCAGCAGGACAAUGACCCUAAGCAUACUGCUAAAGCGGCUCUCAAGUGGUUUAAGGGGAAACAUUUAAAUGUCUUGGAAUGGCCUAGUCAAAGCCCAGACCUCAAUCCAAUUGAGAAUGUGGUAUGACUUAAAGAUUGCUGUACACCAGCGGAACCUAUCCAACUUGAAUGAGCUGGAGCAGUUUUGCCUUGAAGAAUGGGCAAAAAUCCCAGUGGCUAGAUGUGCCAAGCUUAUAGACACAUACCCCAAGAGACUUGCAGCUGUAAUUGCUGCAAAAGGUGGCUCUACAAAGUAUUGACUUUGGGGGGGUAAAUAGUUAUGCACGAUCUUCAGUUUUUUUGUCUUAUUUCUUGUUUGUUUCACAAAAACAUUCUUCUUGCAUCUUCAAAGUGGUAGGCAUGUUGUGUAAAUCAAAUGAUUCAAAACCCCCCAAAAUCAAUUUUAAUUCCAGGUUGUAAGGCAACAAAAUAGGAAAAAUGCCAAGGGGGGUGUAUACUUUUGCAAGCUUGUUUUAAUCUCUUUGCUAAUAUGGAUUCCUCCACAAAGGAGCUGGCCCUGCAGCGGGGAUGGCGCCUCCCUGAAUACACUGUUUUCACAGAGGCAGGCCCACCUCACAAGAGAGAGUUCACUGUGACCUGCAGAAUGGAGUCGCUCACAGAGACUGGUAUGGUGAUUCCACUGUUAUUCUUUCUAAAUGUUUUAUCAUUGCAUUGAAAUAACAUAUUAGUUGUGUUUUUUUUUUGGAUUGGUGGAUUAUUUAAACACAUUCUACUUUCGGAAGUGUUCAUUUUAGUCAUUCAUAGUGCUGUAUGUCAUCCACAUGUAACCGAUAGCAACGGGAAAUUCCAAGAAGGUGGCUAAAAGGACAGCUGCGGAGAAGAUGUUGGCAAAACUUCAAAAUGUGUCUGGCUGUCCUGAAAUCACAUGGGUAUGUAGAAUAUUUCCUCUCUAUUUGGCCUCUUCACAAAGAAUGAUAAAAACAUAUUUAGGUACAUUUUGUCAUCUAGAAUGAAUGUAAUGUGUAUUCUUUGACCAACUCAUUCCAGAUCCCAAAGCCCGGUGUCCGAUUGGAGAACUUGCGUAACUCCUCAGCAGAGAAGAUGUCUCUCCUGAGAAGGAACCCACUCAGUAUUCCCAACACAGACUACAUCCAGAUGAUGCUGGAGCUAUCCCAAGAGCAGGGCUUUGAAGUCACAUACUUUGACAUCGGUGAGUAGUUCAUCUCUUCCUUUUACUGACAGUGAAAUCACCAUAACUCUCAUAGAUGUGAACUUUGUCUGUUUUUCAAGAAUGGCUCAACGGGCCUAUUCCCAGGUGUAUUGUACAGUGUAGUGUGUCUGUGGUUUGCUUGGCAGAUGAGCUGACAGUGAACGGGCAGUACCAGUGCCUGGCAGAGCUGUCCACGUCACCCGUCACCGUAUGCCACGGCACGGGCAUCUCCUGCGGCAACGCACACAACGACGCCGCACACAGCGCUCUCCAGUACAUCAAGAUCAUGGCUUCCAUCAAAUGA